AUGACGUCCCGCGCCAAUUUGGACUUUUUCGCGCCACCGCUGGAGCGGCGGCAAUGCGUGCGCGAGCGAAUGGCGCAGCUGCGCGCCCCGAUGUAUGAGUGGCGGCGCGACUUUGCGGAGUCCGCCUUCGACGCUGCCACGGGCGAGCGCCGCCCGCUGCGACGCGUCUUCAACCCAGCAGCGAAAGAGCACCCGGUGGCCGCGCACAGUGUCCGCGCCGCGACACGCAACGCGGAUGCAAACGCCGCUUACAAAGAGGUAGAGCAGAGCAACAACGUGCCACCGCCACCGCCGAAGCAGCGGUGGUCGCGGCGUCAGUGGAGCCCGCAGCGCACGCUGGGAAGCGGCAACGCCGCAGCAACCAGAGCAUACUCGGCACGACCAGCGGCAGCCACCGUGUGGGAAGGUGCGGCGAGCGGUACCACUGAUCGGCGCCAUAUGUGGAAGCAGACCGGCUUCACGUUCGCCGAGGACUACUUCCGCAAGAGUGCGCAGGUGCCCAUGUCGCAGGCGCACCUCGGCGCUGCUGCGUCUGAAGCUCGUCGUGGUGUGGGCAGAUGCGGGGUGUACGUGCCGUACCUACACGACACAAUUCUUUUCUGUGAACCUCGGCAGCAUCCGAUGAAGACGCGUCGUAGUCGGCCUGAUGGAGGUGACGGCGCUGCCACAGCAGCCAACGAGUUGCCGCCGGUUCACCGGGCGUCCUCCGCAGCAGGAGUGGUGAUGGCCGUGACGUUCAACGCCGCCGAGUCACGGGCGAGGGAGUUGCAUGCGUCGAUGGAUGCGAAGCGCACCGAGCUGUUGAGCUUCUCGGUGUCGACGCCAUUUCAGAAACUACAGCAGCAGCCGGUAGCCUACCUAUACGCCGCUGGAGCCGAAAGGUUCACCGAUGAUGACGACGACGACGACACGCCGAGGGCCGCCGGCGCCAUCGCCAGCGGCGCCAACGACGUCAACAGAGCAGCGACGGCGAAGGCAGAAACAUGUUACGACGUCGUGGGACCCUCCAUCGCCGUCAAGCAGCGCGCGGUGGCGAUGGCCGAGGGCCUGUACACAGACCUUAUCGCGACUCGAGCGAGAGCACGGUCAGCAGCGGCGAAGACGGAGGUGCCAACGUGCGAGCUGGGAUACACUCUGAGGCCGUCCUACGUGCAGUCGCGUCUGCGCCGAUCAGCAGCGCGGCACAGCAGCAGCAGCCAGAACGUCGGUAUCGCUACCAUCGUCUCGGACUGCUACUCCGCGUCGCUGGACGAGGGCAUGAGUGGCACCACGCCGCACACCACAGCAGCAACGUCACCCAUGACGGCGCACGCGUCAGCGCCGCGCAUGCACGGUCAUCGCGGCAAUGGCGUAUCGGGGCCGCCAUCGGAGCGCACCAUCACGCGGUCCCCUCGUAACGAGAGCAUCACCUGUGCGGCACCGCCAGCGGCGAUAGAGGCGGCACUCACGGACGCCAUCGCCUUUUCCCAGUGCAGCGACGGCGCUGUUCGUCAGGGCAGCAUCACGGCGGCACCGCCGCCAGCCCUCUCGCCGGCUGAGCUCGGGAACGACAUGGAUGACACAGAGGAGGCGCGCAGCCCCGACGGCGGCGGUGACGGUGCCCUGCCCAAGGAAUUUUCCACUGCUGCCACGGCUGGUGGGCAGGUCGAGUACCGCCAAAGUGGUCCCCCGCCUGCGUCACCGUCGCAGAGCGGUACCAACGCGCAGCUGCGGCCAGACUCGCACCCCUCGCUAAGCCUACUCUACCGGACAGGCAACAGCACCGACUCGCCGACGCUUCUGCGCACCUGCGGUGAUGGGGGUGGCAGCACCGUCGCUGGUGGUAGCAACUACAGCGGCGGCGAAUGGCAUCGGGGGCAUCCUCGGCAUGUGCGCGACGCCAAACACACCCCUCACCAAAGCCCCCGCAGUCAGAGGAAGUGCGGGUACACGAGCUACGAUGCGCAACAACAGCACCAGCAGUCGCCCACGGCGUGCCGUCUGCCGGCGGAGUCGAAGGAGACGCGGGUGUAUGCGGUGCGCGUGCGCCGCCUCUUCACCAAUGCGGACGCGUCGCUGCUCAAGUGCGCUGAGCCGAAGCGGCGUGCAAUACCGGUGAUGCUGCCACCGGACUGGCAGCCCAACUGCUGA